AUGGCCCUUAACUUUGUGCAUUGCAACGGGAGACAAAUCCCCACCGGGGUGCUUCGGAGGCCGCCCAACCUAGCCCAGAGCAAAGUCUUUGACAGGUUGCGCCAGCUCAUUGAGGCGAGUAGUUGUGAAGACUGUGAAUUUGCCCUCGCCUCCGGGCGUCGGGGCACGCAUGUUUUGGCUCGGCUGGACGAGCUGCGGGCUUACCUCCUAUCCUGCGGCAUCUCAGCUGAAGCCUACCAGCCGCCUGUGCCUAGCGGGGCCACCGUUCCUCGAGACGAUUCGGGAGCCCCUGCUCUGAAGCCCUACAGCGAUGCCCGUGCCGACCGCCUACUCAUAUCGGGGCGGGGCCACUGGGAUAUAUCCCCCUACCUUGGGCCCGAGCUCCAGCUGCCUUUCCUCGAGCCUCGUGUCCUCCUUGGUUGCGACACCCUAGCACCCUACCCGGACACCUCCCGUGAGGAUCAGGAUGAUCGGCGACCGCCGGGGGCCGAACAGGAAGGCAGGCUGCUUGGAGUUUCGCAUGAGCUCCCACAGGGCUCCCUGCUUUGCCUCUACUCUGUGAAGCCCGGCUUCGCCCUUUGCGGCGCCAGCACAGACCGCAGUGACUACUACCACCAGGUCGCCGUCAGCAAGAGCCGGGCUACUUCGAACGCCGUCGGCCCUCCUCUCCGCCUGUCGGCUCUGAGCACUACCUGCGCUUACUCCAGGUUUCUCCGGUCAGGCAUAGCCGAGCUCGGGUCCCACGAGAACUGCAUGCUGGGCCGCUGCGGGAAGAAAGCCUUCAGCCUGGGCGUCGGGGACCCCCUCGUCUGUGGUGCGUUCUCUUCGCUCUUUCAGGGCGAUCACGGGGGCGUUGAGUACGCGACCGCUGCUCACGAGGGGCUGCUGCUCGAGAAAAGCCUGCUCUCGCCGGAGCAGAGGCUCACUGCAGGGAGGCCCCCGCCACUCGGCGAUUGCGCCCAGGCGCUCGUUAUAGACGAUUUUUUUGCUGUGUGCCAGCUCCCUUCGUCAAGCCUCGCCGGCCUUCCCGAUGCCAAGCUUCAGGAGGUGCUGCGUAACAGCCCGGCUUCGGAUUGCAUUCGGCAAGCAAAGGCAGCCUACGAGAAGGUGUCCCUUAAAGGUUCCGACCACAAGGACAACUACGGCUCCCUUCGCUAUACCGUUGCCGGGGCUGAAGUUAUAUCUGAUGUUCACCUCGCCCAGCAGGGCGUCGUGCUAGUCGGAGCGCCUUUAGCAAAGAGAUUUGCCCUCUCGUAUGUGUCGCUGAAGACAUCCUGCCUGCCUGCCGUUUCUGAGGGCCUUGCCUCUUCGCUGCUCGGGGGCUGGGUCUCCUACAUACAGUACCGAAAGCCUUUUGGAUGUUUCUUGGACUCCGCGUUUCGCCUUGCUGCAAAGGAACCUAGCCCCGAGGGCUCUCCCCUCCGACCUCUGCCUAGGAAGGCCGCCUGUGAACUUUCGCUUCUUGCUGCUUGCGCCCCCCUCAUCACAACAAACGUUGCGGUGCCGUAUGACGGCUAUGCCUACUGCACCGACGCCUCCUUAGCAAAGGGCGCCGCCUGCAGAGCUUUCGUUGGCAGAGACCUGUCCGAGGCCCUCUGGCACUCCUCUCCCCGUCGGGGCCCUUUUGCCCGUCUCUCCAAGGGAGCGCCGCCUAGCAAGAUACCUUCGAGUAGCCCAGGCGAUGCCACGAGGAAUGCCCAGGCUCAGGUCGAGCAGAAGCAGGUCCAAGCCAGCCGGCCCGCUGCCGUCGGUGCCGGCAAACAGGUCGAGGCCUUGCGAAAGAGCGGGCGCAGCGCCGCACCAGGAGCCAAAGCCGAGGCCUCACCAAAGAGCUGCCCGAGCGCUGCCGCCAGGAAUGCCGAGGUUCAGGUCGAGAGCAGUCCCGUUAGCAGCCCGAGUGCAGCCAACACCGAUGCCGAGGUUCAGGUCGAGACAGAGGCUAGGCACGAGGAGCCCUACGAAGACACUAGCCCAGUCACCGACGGGACUAGCAAGAGACUUGGCUUAGACUACGACUUCGUCGAGGUUUUUGGGAAGGGGGAUUCUAUAGUCUCCGCCGUCGCUGACAAAGGCCUUAGGACUGGGCCUCGCUUCUCGUCUGAGAUUAGCCCUGAGCUCGAUGUCACUAAGCCAGCUCCCCUCGAGGCCCUGCUCUACCUGAUCCCCAGGCACAGGGUGAGGCGCGUUCUCAUAGAUCUCCCAGGAGGUUCUUUUAGCCGCGCCCGGGCCCCUGCACUACGAAGUGCCAUGAGGCCUCUCGGGGUGACCGGGAGAAGAAAAGAGGUCAAGGACGAGAAUCGAAGGGCUUCCCGCGCUUUCAUCAUCCUCGAGGCCUGCCGCAGAGCCGGGGUCCCCUGCCUCCUUCGCCAGCCCGCGGGCUCUUUCCUUUUCGCCCUGGCUUGGGCACGGAACUUCCUCGCGAAGCCUGGUGCCACGAAGUUCCACGGGACCACUCUGCUCGGGAAGCCUGGGCGAAACUACGGGUUCCUCUGCUGCCACGUAUCGCCCUGCCGGGCCCGCCUCCGUCUAAGCUCCGAGCCCGACGCGUGUCUUGCCGAGUUGGUGUGCGAGCUCGCCCCUCCUCCUGCGCCUGCUGACGAGAGCCUGCCUCCCGGUUUGGAGUCGAUCCUUGUCGACGACGUGCUUCUGACUUCCCGGUGGGAGGUGCUCCUUGCCUGGAAUUGGAAAAACAAGAGGCACAUCAACGCCCUCGAGAGCGAUGCCACCCUUGCCCUUUACAAGCAUGUCGCCCUCGAAGGCGGAGACCGGCGAUGUGCCAUCAUUACCGAUAGCUCCGUGGUGCUGGGAGCACAUUCGAAAGGGCGCACAUCAGCCCGUGUCAUCAAGCAACCGGUCCGCCAAGCAAGCACCACCAUCAUAGCGGGCGGGGUAUACCCCGGGCUCUCCUUCGGCCCAACAAGAUGGAACGCCGCCGACGAUCCCACUAGGUCCGAGCAGCUCCGAGAGCCCGCCGGUGUCCCUCUAUGCUAUGGCCUUAGCCGUGAUGAUCUCCGAGCCCUUGGCGCCCUACGCGGCCUCAACAGGCCUCGGGCCAAUUGGGUUCGACUUGCCCUGGCCCUUUCCACGGCUUCUCUUGACGGGCUUCCUAGCCUUGUUUCGGCCCUUCGGGCCUUCCCCUCGCGAGCGAGGUUUUUAGCCCUCCCCGAGGUUUCUCCACUUGCACCUUUCAUGGAUUUCGAUCAGACUCUGGGCUUUCCCGGCGAGGGACCUUUCUCCUCCACCGCCUUUGGACUUUUGCUUCUGCUCCUUCCCGCGACCGGUAUGAUUACCCCGCGCAAUCGGGACGACCUUUUCCGCCAAAGCCGCCGCUUCUCCUCCCUGCCCCUCGGAAGGCCGGUCCAAGCUGCCACCUCUUCUAGAAGGGUUGUUCUGGUUUCCUCCUUUGAGCAAUGGCUUCGCGAGGUUACAGGGCGAACUCUGGGAAGUUACUUCGAGGCCAAACCUUUUGACACCGAGAACUUCGUCGAGCUGAUCAUUGCCUUUGGGAGGGAUCUGUACAACAGUGGCAGGCCGUACUGGCAUUACUCUGAGACCAUAAACGCUCUUACUGCUUUAAAGCCUGCCCUACGAAGGGCAUGUCAGGGAGCGUGGGACUUGGCUUUUACUUGGUUGGCUGACGAGCCCUCCUCACACCACCUCGCGCUUCCCCCGAUCCUGCUCAUGGCGAUCCUGGGAGUGUGCUUGGCUUGGGGAUGGGUCAGUGAAGCUGCUAUUUUUUCACUUUCGUGGGGCGCCUUGCUCCGGAUAUCCGAGGCCACCUCUGCCACUAGAGGACACCUCGUCUUCCCGAAGGACGCCCUGUGGAUGCAGAGCUAUGUGCUAAUCAAGAUCGAUCAACCUAAAACUCGGGGGCGUGCCGCCAAACACCAAUCUGCAAAACUUGAGCCCGCCGACCUGGUUGAUAUUGUGACUAUGGCUUUCCAGGAGCUCCCGAAACACUGCAAGCUUUGGCCCCAUGCCAACCAGACUUUGAGAAGACGACUGGAUGCAGUACUUAAGCGGCUAGGGAUCUCCGGGUCAUCCUCCCAAGAACGGGGGGUUGAUCUGGGGUCCUUCCGCCCCGGGGGCGCUACAUACAUUUUACAGAAAACGGAGGAUUCAGAGCUCGUACGGCGCCGUGGGCGCUGGGUCUCUAUGAAGGUUAUGGAGAUUUACCUCCAGGAGGUAGCAUCGUCCACGUACGUAGCUGACCUCCCCCUACAGUGUCGCGAAGCCGUCCUCUAUAUGGCCCAGCUCUACCCCGAGAUCUUGAAAACAACAAUGCGGUGGAAUGAAAACAACAUACCCAGCUCUAGCUGGUGGUACCUUUGGCCAUAG